AUGCCUGUAGACAACUUUUUAAAUAUGAAUUUGAGUGCUGGUGAAAAGGCAUCCGAGGGCAAUGUCCUUUGCAUGGAGCCAAGGCUUCCAGAAAACUCUGCCAAGCAGGCUAAGAAACCACGAAUUAACAACGAAUCGAAGAUACUUGACGUCGUCACUCCAGAAAAUCGUUCCUCGGCAGUGCCGAAAGACUGUGAGAUAGAUGGAGAUAUCGGAUAUUCAAGCCAUGGUACUCAAGAAGAUUCACAGAAGAGUAAUCUAUCUUUGAAGAUAACAGAGUGGCAGGGCCGAGAGCACGAUGAACAGGACGACUUCAUGCAUCCGGAUAACGAUCUUGAUGACCUCCUCUACCAUUUCAAUAAUUUCUUCCAAGAAAAGUUAGAAAAUGAGUUGACAACUUUUCAAGAAUCGAUGAGAAAUAUGUUGACUGAACAACAGAUUCACGUUCGACAGAUCGUUCAUAAUUCAUCAGUUCCUCAAAACUUAUUAGAUUCACCACUAACCAAUAUGGAUACAAGUGAAUUAGAUCAUUGUAACAGCAAUCAUUCAAGUCCAAACGAACAUGAGGCCGUGCACGCGAGUAGUCAAGUGCAAGAGGCAAGUGGAACCAAUGAAUUAUUGACUGAAUUAUUAUCAUUAUCGUGUGCUGUUACAACUUUAUUACAUCAGCCAAAAUAUCGUAUUUGA